CCCUUCAUUGGUCCACCAUUCUUAGUACAAUUUACAUCUAUACACACAACACAAGUCUCAUUUUCCACCGUACUAGUUCAUUAACAUCCAUAAUGUCUACUUCUCCAAAACUCUAUACCCUACUCUAUUUCUCCAUCUUCCUAAUUCACAUCAUCUUCACACAGGCAACAGAUUUCCCACCAUGUAACGCCAAUGACAAAGCCGUCCUCCUAAAAGUCCGAGAUCAUUUCGGCGGUCCUAACGGCCGCCUUUCAGACUGGGACGACAGCACAGACUGUUGUUCAGACUGGAGUUUCGUAGGGUGCGGAAUGCAAAGCGGCAGCGAAUACGGCCGAAUCAACACCGUCACUUUCAGCCGCUCCUGGGGUCUUUCGGGUACUAUACCGUCAGAUUUCGGUAACCUGCCUUACCUUAGCUUCUUCACCUUAGCAGAUAAUAUUAAUGUCACGGGGACUAUCCCAAAGUCCCUUACCAAGCUAAAAAAACUAUAUCACCUCGAUCUCGGGAUGAACAGCUUAACCGGGCCUAUUCCAAAAGAGCUUUUCCAGUUGAAGAAACUCAAAGUAGUCGAUCUCUCCGCGAAUCAUUUAUCCGGAGUGAUUCCAUCGUCGGUCUCGGCAUUGUCGUCGCUCUCGGAGUUCAAUGUCUCCCGUAACAAACUAACUGGCUCUUUACCUGCGUUGUCUAAGAGCUUAAAGAGUCUUGAUGUGAGUUAUAAUGACCUUUGUGGCUCCAUUCCAAAUGGGCUGAAGCGUUUUGGUCGGAAGAGCUUUGAGCACAACAAGUGCCUCUGUGGUCCUCCUUUGGCUGCUUGCCAUUAUUAAUGUUUAGAGUUGUUUUAGUGGCAAAAUAAGUGGGCAUACAAAUUGUGGCACAAAUAAUUUAAAUAAGACUAAAAAGCAAAUAAUGUUGUCAACUAAAGGCAAACAAAAUUGCUUUGUACUGUUUAGCUAGGAGUAAUUCUCUUCAUUUUAACUACCAUCUCAUAUCCAGUUAGUAGUAUUGCUAAUGUUGUACUACUCCAUUAUCAGAUUAUUAAAUAAGAUAAUUACAUUUCUGAUUUC